GGUCACACUGUUUUCUGCCGCCUAAAACGCAUGUUUAGUUUUUGUUUUCUCGUGAAUAUUUACCAAAAACCUGACUAAAUCGGUGCUUAAACCGCCAUGGAUCUCAACGACGCAGUGCUCACGUGUGCGGUGAACAUGCAGUGGACCAAUUCCGUGGGCGUUACGGGCCGCAAACUGGCCUACAAGACAGCCACCUUGCGCUUGGUUCGCAAUGAUCUGCGGGAGCUGUUCGUGGAGGUGACGCCGGAGAAGCUAAAACCACUCAAAUUCAAGCUCAAGGAUCUGAUGGUGCACAAAAAGUUCAUGGCCGAGGGCAAGGCCACCUUUAACUUCAAGGCGGAGAGCUGUACAAUGUACCUGUCCAAUGCCCCGCCCGGCACGCUGAUGUUCUUCCUCCGCACGAUCUUCAUCAAGAUGAACGGCAAGGAGGGAGCCCAACCGGACGAUGCCACGCUUCAGAAGAAGCUGAGGGAGCAUCUGAUGUCUGGAAAGCCCAGCAGCUUCGAGGAUGUUUCACCAGUGACCACGGCGGAGAUGAUUUUGGCGCGUAAAAAAACCGGCUUGCUAUCCAAGGGUUCGACUACGACCCCCUCCCCCCAGGCCUCCAAAAAGCGGCGGUUUGAAGAGCUAAGAGAGGAAAGGGACAAGGGUGGCUUGCCGGCGGCCAAGAAGCUAUAUCAAUCCACCACCGAUGACUCCCUCAAGCUGAGCGAAGAGCAAAUGGAGGUUCUGAGGGCCUGCACCUCCGGCAAGAAUGUCUUCUUUACGGGUUCCGCUGGCACCGGCAAGAGUUUCUUGUUGAGAAGGAUUAUAUCAGCUUUGCCGCCCGAUGGCACGGUGGCCACGGCCUCCACAGGAGUGGCGGCCUGUCUGAUUGGUGGCACCACACUCCAUGCCUUUGCGGGCAUAGGCGGCGGAGAUGCCUCCAUGCAAAGGUGUUUGGAUCUGGCCUCGCGACCCAUGAGUGCCCAGACUUGGCGCAAGUGCAAGAGACUGAUUAUUGAUGAGAUUUCCAUGGUGGAUGGGCAGUUCUUUGAGAAAAUCGAAGCUGUGGCUCGACACAUACGCCGCAAUGAUCGUCCUUUUGGGGGAAUUCAGCUCAUCCUUUGUGGCGAUUUCCUGCAGCUUCCUCCCGUUAUCAAAAGUGACUUUGGAGCAGCACCCUCUUCCACUCCUCAGCAACGUUUCUGCUUCCAGUCCAGCGCCUGGGAGACCUGCAUUCAGUGUGUCUACGAGCUAAAGCAGGUGCAUCGCCAAUCCGAUCCAGAGUUUGUCAAGAUCCUCAACCACCUACGCAUAGGACAUGUAAAUGACACGAUAACCACGCGACUGGCGGCCACCUCCAAGCAGAAGAUCGAGGGAAAUGGCAUCCUGGCCACCCAGCUCUGCUCUCACACCAAUGAUGCCAACUCCAUCAAUGAAUCCAAGCUGGAGAACCUUCAGGGAGACAAGGUUCUCUUCAAGGCCGACGAUUCGGAUGCUUCGAUGACCAAGCAAAUGGAUCAACAGGUUCAAGCGCCAUCUCAGCUUUACCUGAAGGUCAAUGCCCAGGUGAUGCUGCUGAAAAACAUCAACAUAGCCAAUGGGCUGGUGAAUGGAGCCCGCGGAGUGGUUGUACGCAUAGACAAGGAUAAUCUUCCAGUGGUUAGAUUCAAGAACAACCAGGAGUAUGUGUGCCGGCACGAGAAAUGGAUCAUCAAGACGGCCACCGGAGGCAUCCUCACCCGGCGUCAGGUGCCGCUUAAGCUAGCCUGGGCUUUCUCCAUCCACAAGAGUCAGGGACUCACCCUCGACUGCGUGGAAAUGUCCUUGUCGAAGGUGUUUGAAGCCGGGCAGGCUUAUGUGGCUCUGUCGCGUGCCAAGUCCCUGCAAUCCAUACGCAUCCUGGACUUUGAUGCCAAGCAGGUGUGGGCCAAUCCCCAGGUGCUGCAGUUCUACAAGGGAUUCCGUCGCAAGCUGAUGGACACCACAAUGAUUCCGUUGGGACCCAAAAACAAGGAUAAGAAGCCCGGUGAAGGCAAGUCAGCGACUAGCGCUCUGGCCAAGCUCAAGAAGAGUCUCAUGAACAAGCCCUUGGUCUCGAUUAGCUGAUCAUGUGGGUUGGACUAUAGCUGAAUUGUUUAGGAUAAAAAUUGAAGACCAGAGCGGAGUUUCGGUAACUAAUCUUGAAUAAUUAAUUUACUAACACAAUUACUUGGGAUUUUGACGAUUAAUAAUGAAGGAAAUAGGUUGUAGUUCCCUAAAACUUUGAACAAAAUGGUUUGGCUUAAGUACAUUUUUUAUUUUACUUUAAUUUUUGACUUUAAAGCUGAUUUAAUAAUUUCUUAAAGAAAUAUUCUUGAAGA